AGUCAGUCAGUAGGUCAGUGUGUCCGGGUAGGUCUACGUGGUGAGGAGUGGGACCCCUGUCGUGCACCAACACCACGAUGGAUGACUAUCCGAUGUAUGGGGUACUUGUUGGGUUCUCCCUCUGGGGGACCCUCUGGCGUCUCCUCUUUCCUCUGGGCUUUUGGCCCACUCUCACGUGUAGAGUAGGGCCCACUCGCGGUGGGACUUCCACCACCCCUUACACGAAGGAGGAGGAGGAGAAGAUGGCCGCCAUUCUGCAGGAGAAGGAGGCCAAGAAGAAGGCCUUGAAGGAGGAGCAGGCGGCCAAAUUAAAGAAGAUGGAAGAAGAGAUGGUCAGGGAGAAAGAGAAGUUGAAAAAGGAAGAAGAAGAGAAGCUGAAGGAGGUGGAUGAAGAAGAGGAAGGACCGCCACUGCAAAGGAGUAGUGGGCAGCCCAGUAGUAAUACCGGUGGAGACUUAGAAAAGAGGAUAUCUGAAUGGGUUGCCAACCUGACUGUGGGAGAAGAGGAARAGGUUAGUAUGUACAUCCCGCAGGAUCAGCAAGAAGCCGCCAUGAAGGCUUGGGAGGCAGAGAAAGACCCUCUGAAACGUCAAGCGUUGGAAGACGAGAAGAGGAUGGAAUGGAAAUUAGCGGUGAUGCGGGMGAAGAAGAGGAGAAUUGACAAGGCAGCGGAGGCGGCAGAGGCCUUAGAGGAAGUGAAGAAUAUAGAGGCGCAAUUAGCUGCCCARCCCGAUCUCCCAAAUCAAAU